AUGGCUUCCUCCACAGUCCCAUUGAUCAUCCACGGCGAGGAUAUCGUCCUGCCCUCCGGCGAACGACACGGGACUAUCGCUGCACAAUCUCCCCACGGCCCAAAAACCUUCCAAGGCGCGACGAAAGACCUUGCGGUUCAAGCCGUAGAGACUUGCGCCCGCGCAUUCCCAUCGUGGAGCAAGACAUCGCCCGCAAAGCGACGAGAACUCCUACUCAAAGUAGCCGACCUCGUUCGCCAAAGACGCGAGGAGAUCCAGCAGAUUGUCGAAGAGGAAACUCACUGCGGCCAGUUCUGGGCGCAGAUCACCACCCAGGCCGGUGCCGACUUGAUCGAGGAGACGGCGGCGCUGAUCAACAGUGCCCGGACGGGAAGUAUCCCGCCAACCGAGGGCGAUUCGUACGGAUUGGUUUUCAAGGAGCCGCUCGGCGUGAUUCUAGGUAUUGCGCCGUGGAAUGCACCCGUGACUCUAGGGUUAAGGGCUGUGGUGGCGCCCAUCGCGGCGGGUAAUGUGGCCGUGUUCAAGGGCUCUGAACUCAGCCCGCGCACGCAUUACCUGCUUGCGUCGCUGUUCCGCGACGCUGGAUUCCCGCCUGGGGUGGUGAAUUUUGUGCUGCACAAGCCGGACGAUGCGGCGGAGGUCUUCGAGGUCAUGAUCAGCCAUCCUGCCGUGAAGAAGUGUAAUUUCACCGGCUCGACGGAGGUCGGACGCAUUAUCGGCUCGAAGGCUGCGUAUGCUCUGAAGCUGGUGCUGCUGGAGCUGGGCGGCAAGAACUAUGCGCUGGUGCUGGACGAUGCGGAUCUCGACCACGCGGCGCAGCAGAUUGUUCUGGGUGCUUUUCUGAAUAACGGACAAAUCUGCAUGUCGACGGACUUGGUCAUUGCGUCGAAGGCUAUCAGCUCCAACUUGGAAAGCAAGAUCCUCGCUCUUGUCAAGGGAAUCCAGGACGACCACAUGGUGAUCUCCAAGGUGGCCAAGAACAAACUCAACAGACUUGUUGCCGACGCACAGAGCAAAGGCGCCUCGGUCCACAGCGCAGCCACUUCCUCCGAUCUCAACAACUUCCCUGCCACCUUCAUCACCGGUCUCACGAGGGAGAUGGACUUCUACCGCACCGAGUCGUUCGGACCGGUGAUGGGAAUGGUUGUGGUGGACAGCGAGCAGGGCAUUGCAGAGGUCAUCAAGGAUUUCUCAUACGGACUAUCCUCGGCCAUCUUCACACGGAAUCACUACAAUGCGCUCCAGCUGGCCGAGUCGAUCAGUGCCGGAGCGGUGCAUAUCAACUCCAUGACGGUGCAUGAUGAAGCGACUCUGCCUCACGGCGGCCAUGGACACAGCGGAUGGGGUCGGUUCGGGGCUGGCUGGGGGUUGGAGGAGUUUGUGCAGACGAAGACUGUUACUCUUAAGCCUUAG